AAGUCGUUUGUCAGCCUCCCAGUCUCCACCAGACCUCUAGGCAAGGUGUCUGCCCGGCCACCGCCGUCGCACGCGUCAAGCCUCGCCCUGAAGACGCCCUGUCCCGGGUCCCUUCACCAAACUUCCUUCCCGGUGAUAACCAACCCGCUGUUUUCGGCCAUGGCGACCAGUGCGAAGCGAAAGCAGGAGGAGACUCAUCUGAAGAUGCUCCGGGAAAUGACUAGCCUGCCCGCGAAUAGGAAAUGCUUCGACUGCGACCAGCGCGGCCCGACCUAUGUCAACAUGACAGUGGGCUCCUUCGUCUGCACCACCUGCUCCGGGAUCCUGCGAGGACUGAAUCCCCCACACAGAGUGAAGUCCAUCUCUAUGACCACGUUCACACAUCAGGAGAUAGAGUUCCUACAGAAACACAGCAAUGAGGUCUGUAAACACAUCUGGUUGGGCCUCUAUGACGACAGGACACUGGUUGUUCCAGAUUUCCGGGAACCGCAGAAAGUAAAAGAGUUCCUUCAGGAAAAAUACGAAAAGAAGCGAUGGUAUGUUCCCCCAGACCAGGCAAGGGCAGUAUCAAGUGUCCAGGCCUCUGUGUCCGGCUCCUCAGCCAGCAGCACUGGUAGUACCCCAGAAGUCCAACCUCUCAAGACCCUGCAGCUCAACAAGACCCCACUGCGCCAGUCUCCGGGGCUAGGUCGUUCCCAGGCUCACAGUGCCGCCCAGGAGAAGAAGUUUGACUUGCUCUCAGACCUAGGAGGCGAUAUCUUUGCUGCUCCACCCACUCAAACUUCGAGCUCUACCAAUUUUGCCAACUUUGCACAUUUUCCAAGCCAGUCGGCACCUCAGGGUAAUUCAAAUACCAACUUUGCCAACUUUGAGGCAUUUGGAAACACUGAAAUUCCAUCCCAUCUGAGCACGUCACCUCCCUCAAAGUCCUUUUCAUCAGGGGGAGGUGUGCCAAUACCAUCAAUGUCUAGUGCCGUCACCACCCAGUCCCACACAGGGAGCACAGAGGAUCGCUAUGCUGCUCUGGCUGAGUUGGACAACAAGCUCAGCUCGACUGUGUCAACAGGCAGCAAUGUGCAGGGGAACAUAUUUGGACCAGUGCUUAGUUCAUCGCCAGCUCAGAAUCCACCUGUGUUACCCAGCAUGCAGCCUGGCUUUGGAGCUGUCCCAUCCACAAAUCCCUUCGUUGCUGCAGCCGUGGCCCCGGAGAUGGCCACCAAUCCUUUCCAGACCAAUGGCAGAGCUCCUUCUGCAGCCUCAUUUGGUACUGGUUCUAUGAGCAUGCCUGCUGGCUUUGGGAAUGCGUCUUCCUACUGCCUGCCGACCAGUUUCAGCGGAAACUUCCAGCAGCAAUUCCCUGGCCAGGCCCCCAUCCCUUACUCUCAACCUGGGGCCUACCACCCUCAGUCUAAUGGCCCUGCAUUCCCAGUCUACGGUCAGAACAAGCCCUCCAUGACGCCCUUUGGGCAGCCCAUGGCUGGCCCUGGCAUGUCCAAUAACCCAUUCAUGGCGGGAGCCCCAGCCAGCACAUUUCCUUCAGGGAGUUCUUCCACCAACCCUUUCCUGUAGCACAGCUCCGAGUCCUCGCCACCAGAGGGCAGCAUGCAGCACAUAUUCAACUCACCGUUCCCUCAUGCAAUUAGAGGCAGUACAUUUUUUUUAAGACUUACAUUUUCGGAUUUUAUUUUUCUUCAGGAAAAAAAAGUUUACAACACUAUGAAGGAGUGGAAAAGACUAAGGGACUGUUAUGGAGGGAAAUUUAAUGUUUGGACUAUAUACAAUACAUUAUAUGCUUUUUAUUUUUUGUUUAUGACUGUAAGCUCUGUGCAUAUCAUCAUUUGUAAUCAUUAAGUACAUGUUAUGUAUAACAAGGACUGAGUUAACAAGGGUGAGUAUACACACACCUUGUGGGCCCCCCCCCACUACAAACUAUAGUAUCUACUUCUAUGUAUCUUGGUAAGGGUAUAUACACUAAGAUUAUUAACAGGGUUCCAUCCAAAUCCUUGAUCAGUGGUUGAAGCAACCAUGAUGUUGCAGGUAUUUCAUUUUCAAAAGGGAUUUCUUUUUGAUAUUUUAGAAUAAUUGCUACUAUACAGGCACUAAGGUGCAAAAUGUCCUCUUAUUGUCUUACAGAUCCAGAUCCAAGUUGCCUAUAACCCAAAGCAACCAAACCCACCUCUUUUUUAAACUAGAGUAACGUCCCAAGCAGGUGGGUGGGACACAGCAUCCUGGACUGUUCGUCAUCCUUUGAAAUAUUAACAAUAUCUGUGAAAUUGUGAAGAAAGAGUAGAGUUUUUGUUUGAAAGGGCAGCUCCUUCAAUAUGAGGCUUGCACAAACUUCACAUGGUUUAGCCUACCAGGUAAAGGGACAGGUGUGUCUACUAGAGCACAAAUGAAGGAAAGAGACAAGAAGCGCAGGCAUUAUGAUGACUAUUUCUUUGUCCUGUUACCUUACCCAAUCCAUAAAAUAUUGGAAAAAUUGGUAAAUAUUCUGUCACUAACCUCUCUCCUGCUGGUUGAAAAUUUCAGAGGAGCACAUUUCAGGUAUUUACUAUAACAAAAGGAAAGACUGUUCAGAAAGCUUGUAGUAGAUGUGACCCAAAUUGGGUCACUGAAAACAAGUGAAGAAGUUAUUCACAUGGUUGCAAGUGACUGGUCCUCUUGAAGGGGAAUGGCUGGUUUACCAGACCCUGCCUAAGCAAGACAUUUACAACAUUCGAAAAUAAAAUAUUGAUUUGUUUGAUGAAAAUGUUUGAACUAUGAAAUGUUUGUUAUGUUGUAUUCACCACAAUCCCUUAACAUCUGUCCGAUGUUAACCGGAUGAGGACUAAUAUUGCGCUCUCUUCAGUUUGCUUUAAAUAAGGCAAGGGAAAAGAACAGAUUCAUUACGGGAUUAUUACGUUACUCGAUCAGCCCGGGACUUCCCCGAACUAGGGUCUCAAUUGUGCCACCAAUGACUAACUAUAAAUUUGUGUUUCUUGUUCUUACAAGAAUAGGUAAGUAAAUGUGUACAUAUAUAAUAUAUGUAUAAAUAAAUUAAAAGAUUUUUAACUACA